AUGACAACUUCCCCACUACCCACUACCCUAGGUCCCGACCAGCCCCACCUCGUUUCCCUCGUUCUGCAGUCCAAGAAAGCACUCCAGCAUGGCGAACAUUUAUGCUCACGCGCCAGCGCAUUGUCAUCGUCUUCAGUACAAAGUGUGGUAGAUGUACUUGCGCUGGAUGCGAAGGUCAGGUGGAUGACAGAUGCUGUGCUCGAGCAGCUCAAGUUGGCUGCACAUGUUGCUAAGAGUAUCGAAUUGAGGCGGUUGGAGCAAGAAAAGCGUGCCGCGGAAUGGGACGCGAUUCGCAAUCAACGCACAGACACGCUGGACACGGUUCUCGUGUCCCUCGGCUCACAAUCUGUGCCACCAGACUUUUACUCUACGUCAUCUGGCUCGUCCCCGUUUGGCAGUCAGCUAAACUCAGACGAGGAACACGAUGAUAACCCCAUCUUCAGCGAGCAACAGCCUGGCACAAGUCCCACCGAGACUCUGCGCAACGAAAUGCAGAAUGAGAAUCAUAAGGCGGAGGGCUCUCGCUUAAAGAAGAGCACGUGGAAGACGCUGCGCGACUUCGUAGACGAGCGGGCGAUUGAGGACGUUCUGGAUACCAUAGAAAGCGAUCGCAACGCUCUUGACGACAUUUUUGCGCGGACAUCUGGGUAUCCAGAGUCGCUCUCCAGGACAAUAUCGGCCAUUCAGAAUGCAGUGUCUAUUGAACCCUCACUUCUCUCCAUCGAUGAUAUAUUCAACGUGCACGAAGAGACAUCACACGAAAUGGCUGGACAACUAGAAAGUCUCGCAAGACACUAUGACCAGAUGUCUAGUGCGCUAAGAGACAGCGAGACGGGUGAAGAGUUAUUGGAGGAUGAUUUGCAAGCCAUGAACCGGGACACGGAGGAGCUACCCGCUAUCAUUUCUGAGUUGGAAGACGGUGUCAGCUCGAUUGAAGCAUCACAUGAGCAGCUGCUUACAGCCAAGCGGACCGCUGAGCAGCAUCUAGAUACGCAUCGGAAGACGCUGGAUGACUUGGAUGAACUAGGUGACAUCAUGACUGAGAUGCUCGAGCGUCAAGAAGCGGUGGAGAGCGAAAGCAAUGAACAUCUAGCACAGCUGCACCAUCAUCUCUUGUCCAUCGACGACCUCCAACACCGCUUCGCGUCCUACCAGUAUUCGUACAAUAAGCUACUUCUUGAGCUUGAGCGCCGGCGGCAGUAUCGCAAUUCGGCAGAAGAAAUAGUCAAGGGCAUGAUGGCGCAAUUGGAUGCAAUGACAGAAGAAGAGCGCCAGUUGAGGGAAGAGUUCAAUGCCGAGCACGGCCAGUAUCUCCCUGAGGAUGUCUGCUUGUACGUGCAGAAUCCGUCAACCCGUUGGGCAGUCGUCCCGUGGAAUGGCGAGCAGGCGGAGGUUCUCCUUGAUGUAGAGGGCGAUUUGUUGCGAGAGGCCAAUGAGCGGAUCAAUGCCGCUGAAAGAGGAUUGGGUAAUAAUAGUCAGAGCCUGUAG